CUUUACAGGAAUGUAUGCUUUACCUGUACCAGAUGACAAGACAGUGCAUUUAUCCAUGCAUGCCCCUCGAGCAAAAAAGCUCUCUGUGUAAUGGAUCACCUCGCACUUACGUGGUGGCAUGACGUCGCAGAUUAGCGUCUAUUUCGAAGCCAAUCUCGAGAUCUCUCUUGUAGAGUCCAUUCACGAGUCCGACGCGGAAUGGCGAAGAGGGAUGCGUACACCGUAGUGCGUAAUGUUUGUAUAGUACGAGACGUUAGAAACCCGACCGCUCUGAUCGAUGCAGGAAAGAGGGCACCUCUCACUCAGAUGUGCUCUUUUGGGUAAGCUGACAAUGCCUAACAGCAUCGCUGGGCAGCUCAGGGUAUUCAUAUGGCCACUCGUAUGGAGGAACUCGAGGCGCAGAUGGGCGGCUUACGGCUCCAUACUGCUGAGCAGGGCGCGAUGAUCAUCGCGACUCAAGGGGUAUCUACGCGAUGAUGGUGGCACUGAUCUACGUUGCCUCCCCUGACUCACUGGUCGGAUCUCGUCAAGCGCCCAAGCUCUCGCUGCUUGUUACCAAUUCAGAUGACGGAGUCCCGAGUCCGCGAUGCUUCUUCGAUCAUCUGGCACUGGCUUUCGAGCGACAGUCUCGGAGGCAUCUUUGCUAUCUCAAAGCACGUUCUUAUGUGCUCCGCAAGCCUUCGCAGUGAGGUUAUGGGAUGAUUUCGACGGCGUCUUAAUGCGAACCCGGGGCGCCAAAACCACCGAUUGGCCGGCUUCGAGGCUCGGGAAACGUGCUGAUUGGCUA